AUGGAGGUUGAUCCCUUAUUACCAAGGCUUGCGGUUCCUGAAGAGAGCGACUUCGUACCAGGGCUCCUUUACGCAGCAAACGCACCUGCGUACCUGCUGUUGUCUUUACGAGAGCUCACCAAGAAAGCAAAUAGCUCCACGGUAGCGUACGCAGCAGCUUACCUAGACUAUUUCCGGAAACGCGCGCCUGAACUGAAGACCAUGCGCGACUGCGAAGUUGACAAGUUCAUAGUCCAGUUCUUGGAUGCAGGAGUACUGCGACCGGAAGCUGGUACGGACGAUGAUUUGAAGCUCAAGCCAUACAAGUCUCCCAGGGAUGUCGGUAUCUUUGCGUCCAACUAG